CAGGAGAGGGCACAGUUAACUCAAUAUUAGGUAUUUGUUAUUAUAGAAUUAUUGCAUGGUUUAGUAACGUAGUGGCCAAAAUUUUAUCAAACUAUUGGUAAUUCAUACUUGCCACUUACGAUAAUAAAAACAAAAAUUGGUAUUUUUAGUAUUAAUUUUGUUUGAAUACGACAUCCCUCCUCUUCCAGGAGAGCAAAAUUCAUGGUGCUAACAUGGCUAGAGAAAAUGUUCGUCCUCCACACCACCAUGACUUGGACCGGUCUAUAGCAAUAGCAAAGAUUUUGAUGCUUUGCUUCAUCGCGGAGCAUAACCUCCCAUUUCUUUUGGCGGACCAUUUCACUGAACUGUGCAGGAACAUGUUUCCUGACUCUGAAAUAGCACAAUCCCUGCACAUGAAAAGAACAAAGUGCAGCGAAAUGGCUAAACAAUUUGGUAAUAAAAUUCAUGAUGAUGUUGUCUCACAGCUUAGGAUUAAUAAAUUUUUCAUUAGUGAUAGACACGAAACUGAUGUAAGUACCACCAAAUGUUUGUCAGUGCUUGUGAAAUAUUUUGAUUCACAUGGAGGAACUAUUAAGACCAGGUUGCUAGAUUUGAUUGAUGUAUAUGAAAACCAUUCCUCAAAUGUAGGCUCCAGUGGAGAGUCAUUGUUUGAAAUGAUUAUGCACAUCUUAAACUCAAAUAACAUUCCAUUAAAUAAUUUGGUAGGUUUGGCAGCGGAUGGGGCCUCCAAUAUAAUGGGGGCAUACAAUUCUCUGUCCAGCAGGUUGAGGCAACACCUUUCAGACCUAAAAAUUUUCAAGUGCACUUGCCAUUCGAUACAUCUUUGUGCUUCAGAGGCUUCCAAAGUGCUUCCCAGGCAGUGCGAGGACUUGCUGAGGAAUAUUUACACUCGCUUUUCUCACAGUGCCAAACGUAAAUAUGAAUUUCUGCAAUUUCAGAAACUUUUCUCUCUAAAACCCCACAAACUUCUUCAUGUAUCACAGACGCGAUGGCUAAGUCUCCACCAAGCAGUAGAAAGGGUCUUGGAGCAGUGGGAGGCUUUGAAGCAGUACUUUGUAAGUAUAGAAGGAGUGGAGAAGCUUAGGUCCAUAAACCUAAUAGUAAAUGAUCUCAACGAUCCCUCAAUCUAUGCAUAUUUUAAUUUUUUAAACUUUAUUUUACCUUUUUGCAAUAAUUUCAAUCUCUUGUUUCAAAGGGAGACACCAACAAUAUAUUUAGUUCAUUUUCAUGUUAACAGGCUCUAUAAAAAUACUAUCCAAUAUUUUUGCCGUAAUGAAAUUGUUAACAAAUCAAAAAUAGAACAUUUUGAUCCAAGCCAGGAAGUGAACCAUAUACCACUCAGCAAUAUUUAUUUAGGGGAUUCAGUUCAUACGCUACUGCAAAAAGAGGAAUACUAUAAAAACGUAGAUAUGGUCGCUGAUAUCAGGAGGAGAUGUAGAUUGUUCAUGAUAAAGCUGUGUGAAGAAAUAAAAAAGAGGUUUCAGUUACAGGAUGAUCUUUGGGAAAUGGCUUCGCUGUUUAAUCCAGAAAAGGUUUUAGAUCCAACCACUAGAGAUGUAAUGCCAUCCCUCGCCCCUCUUGUCGCAAAGGUACCUCGACUGUAUGAUGGUGAUCUGCAAACCCUAGAUAACGAAUGGAGACACCUUGACAGCACUCCCAUACCCUUAGACAUCACUCCACAAACUUACAAACCUGUUGAUUUCUACCUAAAACUUGGGUCCUAUAAAUUUGAUAACACAUAUUUGUUCAAAAGUGUCGCCACAUUUGCUCUGAAUAUAUUGGCUUUACCUGUAACAAAUACAGAUGCAGAAAGAUUGUUUUCAAAAUUAAAUCUCAUUAAGACAGAUGUAAGAAACAGCCUUAGUAUUGACUCGGUUAAAGCACUCACAUAUAUUUCUGAAUCUGUAAAAGAACAGGGGUGUUGCUACAACUUCCAACCAUCAGAAAAUUUAAUGAAUAUUUUGUAGAUUGGAGAUAGGUAUUAAAUAUAAAAAUGCAGAUUAAAUUUUUCAAGUUUAUUCGAAGUUGUUUUGUUUUGUAUUUGCUGUAUGUACUAUAGAGUACAUACUUCAAACAUUGUUUGAUUUGGGGUACGUACUAAUUUUGUUACUAAAUAACUCUAACACAGUUAUUAAAAUGUGUGUAAACAGCAUAUAGUUGCUCAGUUUUCAGUAAAAUAAAGUUGUCAAUUAUAAUAUAAAUGGUGAAUUCUGCAUGCCCUUCAAGAAUUUAGUGGAGUCUCCCCUUACAUUUUCUGUUAUAGCCACCCCCUCUCAUAUCUCUCUCUCUCUCUCUCUCUCUCUCUCUCUCUCUCUCUCUCUCUCUCUCUCUCUCUCUCUCUCUCUCUCUCUCUCCAAAUUUGCAGUUUAAGAGAGCUAAAGCCUGAUCCAGCGGGAACUUUGAUUAACCGGUUAAUAACCUCACCUGACAUCGGAUUGCA